UGUUUUUGAUGAAUUUUAGCUACAGAAGGUGAUGUUAGGCUUGUGGGUUGUUAAAAGCCUUCAUCUUCCUUCCAUUUUCUUUCAUACUUCACAACUACUUCUUCUCUUAUUAUGGUUAUAUUUACAAGUAGAAAAGAAACAAUUCAUAUAUUUAUAUAUAUGUAAAUAUUGUAUAUAUAAACAUUAGAAGAAGUUUAGCUUGAGAAGCUACACGAAAUGAGUACAGCAAGAUUUAUCAAGUGUGUAACAGUAGGAGAUGGUGCAGUGGGAAAGACUUGCUUGCUCAUUUCCUACACUAGUAAUACCUUUCCAUCAGACUAUGUUCCCACAGUAUUUGACAAUUUCAGUGCUAAUGUGGUGGUAGAUGGUAGCACAGUGAAUCUUGGAUUAUGGGACACAGCUGGACAGGAAGAUUAUAACAGGCUGAGGCCACUCAGUUACAGAGGAGCUGAUGUGUUUUUGUUGGCUUUUUCUCUCGUUAGCAAGGCCAGUUAUGAGAACGUCUACAAAAAGUGGAUCCCAGAGCUGAAACAUUACGCUCCAACUGUGCCAAUUGUGCUUGUUGGAACCAAGCUUGAUUUGCGAGAGGACAAGCAGUACUUGAAUGAUCAACCAGGAGCAACACCAAUAACAACAGCUCAGGGUGAUGAACUGAAGAAACUGAUUGGUGCCGUAGUUUACAUAGAGUGCAGUUCCAAAACCCAACAGAAUGUGAAGGCAGUGUUUGAUUCAGCAAUAAAGGUAGCUUUGCGACCACAAAAACCAAAAAAGAAACCACGCAAACAACAAAGAGCAUGCACUUUCCUUUAGAAGAGAUGAAUCUGUCUGCAACUUAAUUUUUUUUUUCUCACAUGCAUAUAUACAGUUGAUUCUUAUUCAAUUAUACAAAGUUCCCUUUUUGAAGCCAUGCAUGGAGAUAUCUGGACAGGAGAGGACCUCAAUUGCUUAUAGCUGUUAUGAGUUUUCUUUCUGUAUAAUUUUUCUUUACAAUUGUAAUUUCUUGGAUGGAACUAAUAUAUAAGAUUACUCAA